AGAGACGAAGAGGUGGCGGCGGCCGGAGCGCCCCUGGGCUCUCUUGGCUCGGUAGGCUCAGGUAGACUUCGCGGCGGCUGGGCUGCGGCUGCAGAAACCGGGCUGGCGGGGCGAGCGCGGGCCGCGGAGCAGGCCUCAGGGGUGAACCGUUUGAUGUAAGACUUGACUCCAUAAUCUACAUCUGCCCUAAUGCUGUCAUCCGGAGUAGAGACUCAGCCAGUUCCACUUGAUUCCUCCAUGUCUGCUGUGGUACAGGAAUUAUACUCUGAACUCCCAGUAAGUGUCUCCAAAGAGCUUCAUGUUGACCCUGAGCCAAGUUUGAUUCCAGAUGUAAAACCUGGAGCCUCAAGCUCUCUUAUAAGUCAGAGUAGGGCAGUGCCCUUGGAGCUGCAGAGGACUCCUGCGGAAAAUUGUGAAGAAAUCUUUGAGACCUUGGAUCAUGGGGGAGAGCCUGGGCGGUGUGGGCUGGUGGACUCCACAGCAGGAGGUUCUGUGGCUUCUGGGAUCUUGGAUAGGGAAGAGAAUACCAAGAGCAUGGAGCUAAAGGUCUUCAGAGAUCGAGGGGACCAGGUGGAAAUUGUAAGAGAUCCCUGUGAGGGAGCAAAGGAAGACCCAUGUCAACAUUCCACAGCCGCUGAAGAAAAGAUCAGCUCAAGUCAGGAGGACCUCCUGAUGCCGCUGCCCAAAGAACUGUUAUGCACAGACUUGCCUGGAGAUUGUCUGAGGAGCAAAGAAGGAAAUGUACAAAUUACAACUGAAACUCGACUAAAAUCUACUGAAGAAGUACAAGGUAUGAAGGUCAAUGGGACUAAGACGGACAAUAAUGAAGGACAUAAGAAUGACAAUGUGAGUAAAGGUCUCUCGUCUGGGUGCAGCGAUUACCCAGAAGUAUACAAAAUCAUGACCAGUGGUGAGGUUUCAGAAACCAGCACAUUAGUUUCCCUAGAGGCUUUAAACUUUGUGGACCCUGGAUUAACAGAAGCAACUCCUAAAGAAAGAGAAUGUGAAGAAUUAAAAACUUGUUCUUCUUGGUUGUCAUUAUUACCAGGGAACAGUGCCAUUUCCAAAGUGGACAAUGGGAAGGAAGAGUUGUGUAAGUUAAGCCUUGUCUGUGAAGCAGAUGACAAUCACCAACAGAUUCUUGGCCACCAUAAUGAAAAUCAUGGUUCUGCACAGGGCAGUCCCAGACCCAUGAGAGAUGUAGUUGUUGUAGAACCCUUAGGGAAAAAUUCUGAAGUUUCAUAUUUCAAAUCAAGUUUGUCUGGUCCAGAAUCCAGAACAACAUCCUUAGAAAAACGUGGUCUUGAAGGUGAUGGCUUGCUAAAGAGAUCUGCUGAAAAUACAGACAGUUCCUCUUUUGAUGGGAAUGAUCAAAGCAAGAAUGUGGCUUCUAGAGAAGAAAAUGAAGAACAGUUUUUGAACCCCAAGAAUGAAAGAGAGGAACUCUUUCUUGUUAAUGCCAGUCAACCAGAAGAGGCUGCCGUUGGUCAUUGUUCCAGAGAAAAAAAGAUUGUUGCCUCCCCAAAAGAAAAUACCCACAGUAACUAUUGCAUUCAAGGCAGUAUCCAUGCAGACAACUCUGGUUCUUCAAUGCCCAGUUCUUUUAGCGAAGCCACGGAAAUAAUGUUUAAAAAAAAAGAUUUGAAAAUCACUUUAGACAUGCAAGGUAGCUUAACAAACCAUGAGGACCAUAGAGAAACCUUUACUAGCUUUUCUUCCUCGAUGCAGCUCGAAGAGCCAGAACAGACAACCACUAUCAAGCCCAGUACAUUAAGUGAAAAGAUUUAUAGUAAAGACCCUAAUUCCUUAGUCAGCAUGCAGAGAAAUCUGGAAGGCAACACCCAGUUAAAUGAAGAAUCAUAUAAUGAAUUUGUGAUUAAAAAAAAAUCCCUUGUGAGUGUAAUGCCAGAGGACCAGAUAAGUCCUGUAAGUGAGGAAUCAAAACCCAAGAAAGAUACUGCUCAGCUGUCAUCAUCCCUAGACUCUGAUUAUAGACCUGUGUCAGAGAAAGCUGUACAGACUUUACAGGACAAUAUUCCACGUUUAGAUGAACAGAGCAUUAUGCGUGAGAUAAAUGAACCUCCUUGUACUGAUGAACUGGUUCUAAACAAAUUAGGAAGUGACUGUGUUUUAAAUCAAGUGUCCCUUAAUUCUCAAGACCAUGCGAAGUUGCCAGUUGGCAAAGAGAUGCCUUUAGUAAUAAGUGAGGAUUCCCAACAGAGCCAUCACCCUCCAUUAGAGGAUGGAGCCAACAUCAUUGCUGAAAUCCAAACCAUUCCCAUGAAAACAAAAAUGAAAGACAUCUCCCCACCAGGUGACAAAACCUGUGGUGCUUCCUCAAGCAAUCCUACCUUAAAUAUCAAACCAGGAAGCCUAGAAAGACAAAACAAGAUGGCUGGUUCAGAAACGGAAGACCUACAUUCCAGACUUCUCCCAAGUAAAAAAGAAGCAGCAAUCUUGCCUUCAGAGGUCUCUGUCAUGGAAUGUCAAAGUGUUCAAUCUCAGGACCUCUCUAGCUGCCACUGUAUAGGAAAAAAUGUGCCAGAAGAGAGCAUGUGUUCUGUGUGUGCUGCUUUUGAGUCUAGCAGAACCAUCCUGGAAGUUGAAAAUUCUUUGAUAACAAAGUAUGAAAACACAUUUCAGCACAGCAAUAGCCACUCCCCAGAAAGCGAAGACUCCUCGGAAAGUAGCACCCAUACAGCGGGUUAUACACUGCAGGAAAAGGAGCUUAACGGAAGAGAAACUAAAGGCAGCCUUCCAGGAGAUGAGGUCAGAAAUGAAAGGACAGCAGGUAUGUUAAAUAGUGAAGCUUCAAACAAAACCAUUCACACCACUAAUCACAUCCAAGCCAAUGAGAAAGGGCUAGAAUUAAAGGAACAGGAUACACCCAAAGACACUGUGUUUUGUGAACAUAAUAUCUUUGAUUGUGCCACACAAGAACUAAACCAAUCUGUAAACAUUCCAAAUCCUGAAAAACUGUUGGACCAGUCUCGUACUGCUGAGUUUGCCAAUUUUAAAAACAUGAACCAAGCAGUUAAAAGUCUUGAUCAGAAGACAGAUGAAGUCUUUGACUGCCAUAGUAACCCUGACAUACCACAUGAAUGCAGAAGUGCAGAUAAGUCAUCUAAGGAGACACUAGGUAAUGACCAGAGAGACACCAUCACAGAGCCUAACACAGAGGUAAGCCACAACGCAAAGGAUCUGUCAUUCAGUUCAGGCAAUAACAAACUGUCUAGUGGUAGCCUGAAAAAAGGCUAUUUGAAAGGAGCCUUUGAAAGGACUUCUAGUUGUGAGGAAUCCACAGAUGGUAUGGUAGACAUCAUUUACACAGACUGUAGUAAUAAGCCUAUGGAAGGCAUGCUGGAUGUAAGAGCAUCUAGCACACUUGAUGGUGGUACAUGGCAAGGUAGAUUGGCAUUAACUGAAACCUCAAGGAGUACCCUGUCUCAGAGAGGAGACUUGAAUGCUGCAUGUAUAGAAAAGAUUGACCAGGAUUCAGAUUCCCCAGACGCUAUUUCCUCUGCAGUGGAAUCUCUUGAAAUAAAAAAAUCAUGUGAAGAGACAGUCUGCAGAUCAUUAAAAGACUGUGAAAUGGAAGCGUGUCCAGACUCUUCUGCCAGUGAGAUGGAAUCUAUUGCAGAUCAUGAACCAAAUAUAGGAAUAUCAGAUAGUGUUAAUGUGUCUUUAAAUCAUAUUCAUUAUGAAUGGCAAGUUAAAGAAGCAUCUCUGAGAGAGACACUAGGAAUGACUGAAAGGUCAAGACUAGAAAUGCAUCCUGAGUUUGACAAGGAAAAUACCUUUGAAAUUCCCUCAAAAGAAUUGAUGUCUUUUAGACACCAAAAUGAGAUAUCUGUUCCCACAGAGAGGCUGAAAUCCAUUGAGAUAAUGCCUUUAUAUCUGUCUUCUCAAGAAAAUUCAGACGCUAACUUUAAUAGUGAAGAAAUGGGCCUGAAAAAUAUUUUUAAACCAAAAGAUGGUGAAAUGCUUUGUGAAAAUGUAGAGGACUGCACAGUCCUGCCUGAGGUGAAGGAAGGAGCUCCAAGGGAUAUAAGUAAUUCUAGUGAAGGAAACAGCAUUGACAGCAGUGUAAAAAUUGUGCCUUUGAUGAUGGAAAAAGAAACUAAAGUGAAAGGAGAAGAAACCGAAGAACAUCAGAGGGGACCCCUGGAUCACAUAGCUGUUGGGGAGGAAUCUGAGGAGAUGAUUUCCAGAGAUGGUGAUCUUGGUGAAAAUAUGAGUGAGAUUUCUCAGACACACUUUAAAUCUCUGAGGAUGCUUGGUAAUGCUGAAAAACAACAAAGCCAAAGGGAUUUGGAUUACAUGUGUCAGAGGGAAGAGGAAUAUAUACAUCAAAAAGAAGCACAUACGAUAUUGGAACAAUCAUCAUCUAAUAUGUUAUCAAAUGAGGUGCAAAAUGAGAACCGACCUAAGGAUUGCAAAUAUGAGUACACCGUGAUUAAGGAAAUCUCCCCAGCAAAGCUGGCCAAGGAAAACAUUACUGGACAGUUUCAGAAGUUGAAAGAACCAAAGGAGGAAAACCUAUGUCAUCCAUUAAAAAAGGGCAUUGAGUUGUGCAUAGGUCCUUGCCUUCGUGGUGCCCCCCAGAAAGCACAAAACCCCAAUUCUGCUAGGUGUGACGAAAUAUAUGGUGCCUUUGGGGACACUUCACACCAGAAAAGAGUACUUCCCUUAAAGAAGCAGCCUCAUCGGACGUGUAAGAAAGUUUCCUGUCAGGAGCAAGUCAGCAUGGGGAGAAAGAUAAGUAAAAUCAGAAAUUCUGCCUUUUUAAAGAGUUCCUCUGAAACCAUCCCCACAAAAACACACAGAUUUCUCAGUUCACAUGCUGUGUCUGCACCCACACGACUGGAACCCGAAACAGUACCUACCAGGAGCUUAGUCAGUCACAUACCAAAGCAGAAGGCCACUCCGUGCCAUCUCUUAAGGAGCCUGAGUGUCAGGAAGCCUACCAAAGAAUCAGCCUUACUCAGCAAGCUCUCCAUCCUUGCCUCCAAACUGGCCCCAGCCACAAAGACUCAGAAACUAAGGUAUCGGCGGUGUUCCUCUGAACUACUUCCAGUGGCUAAAAGCUACAAGCGGCUCAGAUAUAAAAGGCUCCUAGAUGGAUUUUCAUACAAUACAAUGCAGUUGAGUCCGUAUUUGACAGCUAGUGGAUGGGAUAAGAGGCCUAACAGUAAACCCUUGACACUUUAUCCUCUUGAAGCCAUCAAAAUGAGCUUCAUAGAUUUGAGCAACAAGAUGCCGUUGCUGCUGUUCGGUUCUGAAAUCUUCCCAGUAUCCUUUCAUGUGAAAUCAGGCUCUGAGUGUGUGACUGAGUCCCCAAGGACUUUUCCUGAGCACUGUGCUCCAGCGAGGCUUGCCUUAGGAGAGGCCGCCCUGUGCCCUUCUCAACCUCCCAAGUGGACCUUUUCUUUCUUCUUAUCCCAUGGUUGCCCUGGAAUGGCCACAUUCAGGGAAGAUACUGGCCUCCACAGUCAGGCACAUGCCCAGGCUCCUCCACAGCCUCCAGUUCCGCUCCGAGACUACGGAGGCACCGCCAUAGUCCAGACAAGAGCAGGCUGCUCUAUCCUUGGCCUUCACACACUCCUAGCACUUUGUUCCCCUGGAUGUUAUCGAAUCUGGACAAAAAAACGGAGCUUCUCCAGUCACACGCCUACCAUGCAGAGGCUCUUCAUGACCCAGUUUACACAAGGCUUGAAAGGAUUAAAGUCCCCAGCCUCCAUAGCAGACAAGAUCUUCAGCUCUCUGCCCUAUUCGGUGGGCCGAGUGCUAUCAGUUUGGAGCCAGCAUGGGCCUUCUGCCUGCCCCUUCGAAAUCUCUGCUCUUCAUUCCACUCACAGCAAGCGACAGCCAACUCUGGGCACCACAAGCAGCCACACCAUGUUACCAUAUGUGCCUCUUCCAGGCAUGGAAGCUACUUACAACACCAGCGGCAGUCAGAUGAGGCUAGAGCCUCCAUUCCCUGCCUUGGUACCAAAGUCCUGCUUGGUAACAGACUCAGCUGUCAGCAAGCUCCUGCUUUCAGCCUCUGAGUUCCAGGUUCCUGGAUUAGAUGAACUGGAUGGUGUGACAGCCUCUUGUCCCCAUCCACAAAGCAGCCCUCCAGAACAGAAAGAGGCUGAGCCAGAGAAGAGGCCAAAGAAAGUCUCACAGAUUCGCAUCCGGAAAACCAUUCCUAAGCCAGAUCCUAAUCUUACUCCAAUGGGCCUCCCUCGACCCAAAAGGUUAAAGAAAAAGGAGUUCAGCUUAGAAGAAAUAUAUACCAACAAGAAUUAUAAGUCUCCUCCUGCAAACAGGUGUUUAGAGACCAUCUUUGAGGAGCCUAAGGAACGAAAUGGUACUCUAAUUUCAAUCAGCCAACAGAAGAGGAAGCGAGUUCUAGAAUUUCAGGAUUUUACAGUCCCGCGAAAGAGGAGAGCUCGUGGUAAGGUUAAGGUGGCAGGCAGCUUCACCAGAGCCCAGAAGGCAGCACUGCAGAGUCGAGAGCUGGAUGCCCUUUUGAUACAGAAACUCAUGGAACUGGAGACCUUCUUUGCCAAGGAAGAGGAACAGGAGCCAUCAUCUGGUUGUUGAGAAGCAAUUUGGUUUGUGGGUCUUGGUGUUAGGUUGUCUGGGCCUCCUUAGAAGAGGCUGCCUAAUUUUGCCCUAUGCCCAAACCACUCCAAAUGCAGUCCAUGGAUUUUUACCUGUUUCAAGGUGCAACCUUUUUAGAAACUGGUGAAGGAGGGUCCUCUACUUCUACUGCUGAGUAUAGAACCUCAGGAAUGCUCCCUGUCUCCUGGAAGUGGUCCUGAAUGACACCUGGCCUCCUCCUUCCACGCUCUGCCAUCCACAGGAGGAAGACACAGCAUACUUUCAGUAACACUAGGAUUCCAAGGACUCACUGCAUUUGCACGUCCAUGUGAAAGUCCCAUGUUGUUUACGGUGGUGCUAGACCAAGAUUAUUUAGAGACGUUGCCUAGGGAGGGGGACCUGGCGUCCUGUCCUGUCCUUCAUGGUCUCACUGGCUCAUUUCAGUAGUUGAGUAAAGAUGAGCCUGUGGUGUUUUCUAAUCCUUUGAGUCUGUCUGCCCAGAAUGUGGCGCGCGCGUGCGUGCGUGUGUGUGUGCGUGUGUGUGUGUGUGUGUGGCUUUUUCCCAUCAUUUUUUUUCUCCCUUCUGUGACUGGGUCACUAGUGCCACAGGAGCCCGUCCAGGCCCCAUUCGAAGUAAGUUGCACUUUUUAAUGUUGUGGUGUUAUUUGCAUUUGUUUUAUUUCCUUUUUUUUUUUUUUUUAAUUGCUGCAUGUUUGGAGCCUUUAAAUGUGAUUUUAAAGCAAUUUUUUUACGACAUCGAGGAGAAAGACAAUACAUGUCUUCAGAAUAGAUGGUAGACGUUGACCCAGUUUAUCAGGCAUGGUUUGGGACAGUGGAGAGACAUUUUUGCAUUCACGUGUUUCAAGCAAUCCCUUCCCCAUCUCCACCUUCUAGUGUAAUUCAUUAGAGGGAGCACUUUUUGCAUCUGGGUUCUCAUUCUUGCCUACUAAGUAAGUAGAUGUAUUAAUUUUAAUGAUGAAAGUAAGAGGAGGUUUCUCUCCCAAUCGUUUAAAAAGUGUGAAGGUUGGGUGUGGUCUUUUAAUGGUUUCUUUCUGAAAUGGUGUUGGUAUGUAACAAAGUUUGGUACAGCAGCCUGAGUGGUGAUAAAGGCCGACCCAUAGUGUUUGCAGCUGUCAGAGCAGCCUGCUGUGAGUGGAAAGAGGUGACGCAACAUGGUUCAAACUCGGUGAUGCAUUUGUGGUGGGAUCACGAAAUUCCACAGCCGGCCCUCUCUGGGGACACCUCACUGUACUCUGGGCUCCUGGGUCAGACCUGCUGGAAAUGUAGAAUGGCAGAGUUUGCUGAGCUGCUGCUUUGUGCCCAUAGGAGUCUGUGGGCAGGAGGAUGCUGUGUGGGUUAGCCAGCCUGGAGGUUUCAUUCCUUUCCCACCAGUCCCUGUGUUCCCUCACCCUGCUUCCCCUGACCUCUUUUCCUUGUGUGUUUUCCUUUCUCUCUCUCUCUCUUUCAAAACAAGAGUUCAGAGAAUUAACAUUCCUUGGCUGGUGAAUGGGAUACUAGAUGGAGCCUCAGGACACUGCUCACCUCUUUCCAUCCUUGUAGGAGCCACUGCUGGGAAGCAGCUGCCAGUGGGAACUGUCAAAGCUUCAGAGACGUUUUCAAGUCAGUCUGUUAGAGGAGAGUGAGUGGUGCGGUCCUGGAAUGUGUCUCCUGGAUUUCUUUCG